CUUGAGUUUGUGUUCAAGUUGUGAAAAUAAAAAGUUCAGUCGUCAAUGUAAUGGAGCUAGUCCAAAAAUGAUUUUAAAUAAAGUAAAUUGUAAAAAGUUAUAGUUGUACAUUAUGGUGUACUAAAGGUUGAGUAAUAAAUCACAAAUGAUACUUGUUUUUAGCUUGUUUACAUGUUGCAAUCUUAUCAAACGCAGUACUUAUAGCGGUUAAUAGCUGCAUUUUAUUUUUUAUACGUGUUCAUAUAAAAACCAGUAAUUGAUGAGUUCAUUAGUAAUAAACAGAGCGAAAAUGAUGCGACUCUCGGAAAGUGGCACCGAAACGGAGAUCAUGGCAGACUUCAACUCGACCACUGGCGAAAAUAAACCACCAGAUAUAAUAAAAAGCGAGAAUUCCUGGGUCGCCGCCGUCCAAAUGUUCGUGUCGUUUCUCGUAGCCGGAUUCGGAAUGGUCGCAGCGAGUUUGCUUCUAGAUAAAGUACAACAUUGGCAAGUGUUCCAAAAAAUUCCCGAGGUCUACAUCUUGGUGCCUGCUCUGCUUGGGUUGAAAGGAAAUUUGGAAAUGACCUUAGCAUCUAGACUCUCAACUCACGCUCAUUUGGGACACAUGAAAACACAUCUAUUGUCACUUGUGGUUGGAAAUUUGUGUCUCCUACAGUGUCAAGCAAAUUUAGUGGGAUUUUUGGCAGCCAUGGUAGCUGUAGCUAUGGGCUGGAUACCUAAGGGAGAGUUUGAUAUACAACAUGCAAUACUGUUAUGUGCCUCCAGUGUAUUGACUGCAUCUCUAGCCAGUUUUUUCCUCAGUUUGAUUAUGAUCGGUGUUGUAGUUAUUUCUAAUGAGAUAAAUAUAAACCCAGAUAAUGUAGCAACACCGAUAGCUGCCAGCUUGGGUGACCUAACAACUUUGGCACUGCUAUCAUUUAUAGCGUCUAUGUUGUUCAACUCUCUAGCGUCAAAUCUUGUGUUGAGAUUUAUUAUUGUCAUUGUUGGGGCUGCAUUGGUGCCAAUUUGUGGAUAUGUUGCAUGGAAGAAUAAUUUCACUAGACAAGCCCUGGACGAGGGUUGGGUGCCAGUAGUGUCUGCUAUGGUCAUAAGUAGCGCAGGGGGAUUGAUACUCGACUAUACAGUGUCAAACUAUAAAGGUGUUGCUGUGUUUCAGCUUGUUAUCAAUGGUAUUGGCGGCAACAUGGUUGCUGUUCAUGCCUCGAGAUUGUCAACUUUGUUGCACACAGGCUCCUAUGAGAACUCAGUACUAGGCAGCACCACAAAGCUGCUACUACUAAUGGUUAUACCCAGUCAGCUAAUAUUUAUUUACACAAUAGGAUACAUAAAGGCUGGUCACACAUCACUUACACCAAUAUUUAUAUUAAUUUAUAUGUCUGCUGCUGUUUUCCAAGUGUUUUUGUUGUUAACAAUUAGUCAUUAUUUAAUAAACUGGAUGUGGAAGCUGGGUUUGGAUCCGGACAACUCUGCUAUACCUUAUUUGACUGCUCUAGGAGAUUUACUAGGUACAGCAUUGCUAGGAAUAGCUUUCCAUAUUUUGUAUGCCAUAGGAGAUAAAGAUAGUGAUGUAGGUGACUGAAUUUUUGAUAAAAAACUUAAGUAUUAUUUAAUAUUUUCCUUUUUCCUCCACUGAUUGAAUUGUGCUUAAUAGUUAAUUAAGAUUUUACUUAUUUAAUGUAUUUUAAUAUCAGAGCAUAAGAUAUAAUUUUUGCUCAAGAAUUAUAUCUCAUAGUGGUUGGUGCUAUAUUGAAUAUAAAUAUAUUUUUG